GGUAAACAGCAGACGGCGGGCCCAGCAGUGGAGAGGGCCUGCCUAGGCUUGGGAAUCUGUCUUACCUCAAGGUGCUGGGCAGGUCUGGCCACCACUAUAGGGGACACCAUGGCUCUUGGACCAAGACCUCCUGAGACCCCAUUGCCUGGCCAGAAGGAGCUUAAUUCCGUCGCUUCUGAGCUGUCUGCACGGCAGGAGGAGAGUGAACAUUCUCAUAAACAUUUAAUUGAACUCCGCCGGGAAUUUAAGAAAAAUGUACCUGAGGAAAUCAGAGAGAUGGUGGCUCCUGUAUUAAAAAGCUUCCAAGCCGAGGUGGUGGCCCUUAGUAAAAGAAGUCAGGAGGCGGAGGCUGCUUUUCUGAAUGUUUACAAGCAAUUAAUUGAAGCACCAGACCCCGUGCCUGUAUUUGAAGCAGCACGCAGCCUAGACGACAGACUGCAGCCCCCCAGCUUCAACCCCAGCGGGCAGCCCCGGAGAGACCUCCACGCUUCGUGGAAGAGGAACCCAGAGCUCCUCGGUCCCAAAGAGCAGAGAGAGGGGGCGUCUCCUACUGGGCCCACGCUGACCGACGGGAGCCGCCUCCCAGGCAUUCCCGGGAAAGCCCUCCUGACAGAAACCUUGCUGCAGAGAAAUGAGACAGAGAAACAAAAGGGCCUUCAAGAAGUACAAAUCACUUUGGCGGCCAGAUUGGGGGAGGCAGAGGAGAAAAUCAAAGUCCUACAUUCAGCGCUGAAGGCCACACAGGCAGAGCUGCUGGAGCUGCGGCGGAAAUACGAUGAGGAGGCGGCAUCCAAGGCAGAUGAAGUCGGCCUGAUCAUGACCAACCUGGAGAAAGCUAAUCAGCGAGCUGAGGCUGCCCAGAGGGAGGUGGAAAGUCUGCGGGAACAGCUGGCCUCUGUCAACAGCUCCAUCCGCCUGGCUUGCUGCUCCCCCCAGGGGCCCAGUGGAGAUAAAGUGAACUUCACGCUGUGCUCAGGGCCCCGGCUGGAGGCUGCCCUGGCCUCCAAGGACAGGGAGAUCCUACGGCUGCUGAAGGAUGUACAGCACCUCCAGAACUCUCUACAGGAGCUGGAGGAGACCUCUGCCAACCAGAUCGCAGACCUGGAGCGGCAGCUCACAGCCAAGUCUGAGGCCAUAGAGAAGCUGGAAGAGAAGCUCCAGGCACAAUCUGACUAUGAAGAAAUUAAAACAGAACUGAGCAUCCUGAAGGCCAUGAAGCUGGCGUCCAGCACCUGCACCCUCCCCCAGUGCUUGGCCAAGCCCGACGACUCACUGCUCAUGGCAAAGGAGGCCUUCUUCCCUGCACAGAAGUUCCUCCUGGAGAAGCCGGGUCUUCUGGCCAGCCCUGAGGAAGAUCCUUCAGAGGACGAUUCCAUCAAGGACUCGCUGGGCACAGAGCAGUCCUACCCCUCCCCGCAGCAGCUCCCACCUCCCCCAGGGCCUGAGGACCCCCUAUCCCCCAGCCCUGGGCAGCCCCUUCUGGGACCAGGCCUAGGGCCUGAUGGCCCACGGACUUUCUCACUGUCCCCCUUCCCUGGCCUGGCCCCAGGGGAGAGACCAAUGAUGCCCCCGACCACCUUUAAGGGAGAGACAGGCAGCCUGCUGCCAUUCCCUCCUGCCUUCUAUGGCACCAAGCCCCCCACAGCCCCAGCCACCCCAGCCCCUGGCCCUGAGCCACCUGGGGGCCCUGAACCUUCAGACAGUGGUGGGGGCAGCAUGGCCGGGACUGGUACAGAAGAAGAACAGCUGGACACGGCAGAGAUCGCCUUUCAGGUGAAGGAGCAGCUACUCAAACACAACAUUGGGCAGCGGGUGUUUGGGCACUAUGUGCUGGGGCUGUCGCAGGGCUCAGUCAGUGAGAUCCUGGCCCGGCCCAAGCCCUGGCGCAAGCUCACAGUGAAGGGCAAGGAGCCCUUCAUCAAGAUGAAGCAAUUCCUGUCAGAUGAGCAGAACGUGCUGGCCCUGAGGACCAUCCAGGUGCGGCAGCGAGGCAGCAUCACCCCAAGAAUCCGCACACCGGAGACAGGUUCGGACGAUGCCAUCAAGAGCAUCCUAGAGCAAGCCAAGAAGGAAAUUGAGUCACAGAAAGGAGGUGAGCCCAAGAACUUGACGGCCCCAUUGAGCAUCAGCAACGGGACAGCUUCCGCCAGCACCUCAGAAGAUGCCAUCAAGAACAUUCUGGAGCAAGCGCGCCGAGAGAUGCAAGCACAGCAGCAAGCUCUGCUGGAGAUGGAGGCAGGUCCCCGGGGCCGCUCGGUGCCUCCCUCGCCCCCAGAGCGGCCCUCAAUGGCAGGCGUGAGCCAAAAUGGGGCCCCAGCCUACGUCAAACAGGAGGACAGCAGCAGCGGAGUGGGGACUUCAGCGCAGACGCCCCUUACGGUCUUGUCUCCAGCUGCCUUUGUGCAGAGCAUCAUCCGCAAGGUCAAGUCUGAGAUCGGUGACGCCGGCUACUUUGACCAACACUGGGCAUCAGAUCGCGGCUUGCUCAGUCGCCCCUACGCCUCAGUGUCACCUUCUCUGUCCUCGUCCUCCUCCAGCUACUCUGGCCAGCCCAAUGGGCGGGCUUGGCCCCGAGGGGAUGAGGCUCAAGCAGCCACUGAAGACGAGGCGGCAGGGUGCGAGGAGGAGUCCCCAAGGGUGGGUGAACCCAAGGCCGAGGGCAGCAUCCCAGAGGCGGGCAGCGGGCGGCUAGCCUACUACCCAGCCUACGUGCCACGCACCCUGAAGCCUACCGUGCCACCCCUGACCCCGGAGCAGUACGAGCUGUACAUGUACCGUGAGGUGGACACUCUGGAGCUGACCCGCCAGGUCAAGGAGAAGCUGGCCAAGAACGGCAUCUGCCAGCGGAUCUUUGGGGAGAAGGUGUUGGGCCUGUCACAGGGCAGCGUGAGCGACAUGCUGUCCCGGCCAAAGCCAUGGAGCAAGCUGACGCAGAAGGGGCGCGAGCCCUUCAUCCGCAUGCAGUUGUGGCUGUCGGACCAGCUGGGACAGGCGGUGGGCCAGGCAGUGGGGCAGCAGCCCCGCACUACCCAGGCCAGCCCUACGGAACCAAGAUCCUCGCCAUCUCCACCCCCCAGCCCCACAGAGCCGGAGAAGAGCUCCCAGGAGCCCUUGAGCCUGUCCCUGGAAAGCAGCAAGGAGAACCAGCAGCCAGAGGGCCGUUCCAGCUCCUCACUGGGCGGAAAGAUGUUCUCAGGCAGCCAGACUACAGGGGGCAUCCAGGAGAUUGUGGCCAUGUCCCCUGAGCUGGACACGUACUCCAUCACCAAGAGGGUCAAAGAGGUCCUCACAGACAACAACCUAGGUCAGCGGCUGUUUGGGGAGAGCAUCCUAGGCCUGACACAGGGCUCUGUGUCUGACCUGCUGUCCCGUCCUAAACCCUGGCACAAGCUGAGCCUGAAGGGGCGGGAGCCCUUUGUCCGAAUGCAGCUGUGGCUCAAUGACCCCCAUAAUGUAGAAAAGCUGAGGGACAUGAAGAAGCUGGAGAAAAAAGCCUACCUGAAACGCCGCUAUGGCCUCAUCAGCACCGGCUCAGACAGUGAGUCCCCAGCCACCCGCUCCGAGUGCCCUAGCCCCUGUCUGCAGCCACAAGACCUGAGCCUCCUACAAAUCAAGAAACCACGGGUGGUACUGGCGCCCGAGGAGAAGGAGGCACUAAGGAAGGCCUACCAGCUGGAACCCUACCCCUCCCAGCAGACCAUCGAACUCCUAUCCUUCCAGCUUAACCUCAAGACUAACACCGUCAUCAACUGGUUCCACAACUACAGGUCCCGGAUGCGCCGGGAGAUGUUGGUGGAGGGGACCCAGGAUGAGCCAGACCUCGACCCAAGUGGGGGUCCUGGCCUUCUACCACCAGGACUCUCCCACCCGGAUCCCACCCCACAGAGCCCUGACUCUGAGGCUGAGGAGCAGAAGCCAACUGUGAAGGAACUAGAGCUUCAGGAGGGCUCUGCUUCUGAGGAGAGCGGCACACCUCUGACCACCCAGGACAAGGACCACGUGAGGAUUAAGCAGGAACAGACCGAGGAGGACAAUGAGGAGGAGGCAAGCAGCCAGCCCCAGGACUUAGGGGAGCCUGACAAAGGCCAAGGUCCCCCCAAAGAGGAACAUCCUGACCCUAGUAGUGAUGAUGGACUCCUAAAAGUGGCCCCAGGGCCCCUCCUUCCAGGUGGAACCACCCCAGACUGCUCCUUACCACAUCCCCCCCAGGAGAGUAAGGCCAGAGAGCAGCUUUACCUGGACCCUCUAAGUUUUAAGUCAGCCUCAGAGUCUUCACGCUGCAGCCUGGAGGUGUCACUGAACUCACCUUCAGCCGCCUCCUCACCAGGUCUCAUGAUGUCUGUAUCACCUGUGCCCUCCUCCUCAGCCCCCAUCUCCCCAUCCCCUCCUGGCGCCCCCCCUGCCAAAGUGCCAAGUGCAAGCCCCACUGCUGAUACAGCUGGGGCCUUGCACCCCAGCACUAAGGUGAACCCAAACUUGCAGCGGCGGCAUGAGAAGAUGGCCAAUCUGAACAGCAUCAUCUACCGACUAGAGAGGGCUGCCAAUCGGGAGGAGGCACUGGAGUGGGAGUUCUGAAGGCAAGGGCAAGGGACAUACCCUGGUGACUACCUUCCUUCUCUCACUCACCCUCCAGACAGGAGGCGGGUAGGGAAGGAAGAACUCAACCAUCAAAAUGUGGACAGCAAUGUUAUGCCAUUUAUGUUUUUUGUUGUAAUCCUAGUUCUAUGAAGUUGUGAGUGAGCAGGUGGGUCAAAUACCAUUGCCUCUUCUUUUCAGCACCCCCUGCCCCAGGGAGUACCAUUCCCAGGAAUCCUGCCCCUUCUUCUCUACCCUGAUCCCUCUGCAGGAGGCAGAAGCAAAAUAUCAUCACAUUUUCACCUGAAAACUCCAAACUCUUUUAGAAAAAUAAAUAAAUAUUUAUAGACCUCUUUUAGAUAUUUUAAUAAAGGAUCCUUUGGAAUUUAUCCCCAGCGGAUACGGUUUUGAUAUUACAGAGAGUUAUAAAAUCAGGAUGCUGUCACAACUGUUGCGAAGUAUACACUGAAGUUGUGUCGUUUUUUGCCACUAGAUGAGAUUAAAAGAAGACAAUUGUUCAAAGCCAUCACAGAACACUAUAAGACUGACCAAAAUUUAGAUAACCUUUGAACCGUGGUUUUUUUUCCAAUUCUGUCUGUGAGACACAGUGCAUUGCUACCGCCCUUCCAGAAACCGUGCUGAAAAGAGAAAGUCCAAAAGACUCUAAACGAAAACCUUGAUGCCGUUGAGGAUGUGUUUCAUUCUGGUGGUCUGUUUUGUAACCCUGAUAACACGGAAUGUCCUGUGCUAUUGUAAAUGUUGUAGAGAUGUGGGCUGUUGCCUGACCAUCCUAUACAGAUAUAGCAUGGUACAGAACAAACUGCUUACGCUCCCUCUAGUUAGAAACCUGUGGGCCAUAAAGGUCAGACAUCCAUCUUGUCCAACUGUAGACAGGAUGUGUUUCCAGAUCCUUUGGAAAGCUGGGCAUUGGGGGCAGGUGCUUGGAGAAUGGUGCUUGAGCAAGAACAAUCCCUUUCCCCAGCCGGAAUCACAGCCACACCAGGAAGUUUCUCUACUGGUAUGAGCAUGGGUUUUCUACAAGACAAUGGCCACCAUCUUCCCCUCCUUACAUUUUCUGAAAGUGACAGUGUUGGUCAUGCCACAAACACUGAAGCUUAGCUACCAGCGCCAAAAAGUAGAUUCCUCAAAAGACCCUGCUUCACUUCUCUCAAGCUGACCCAGGUGCUACCUCUGGAAAGCACAUGCAACUCAAAGUCUGUGCAGAACUCUGGAAAGCCAAGUGCAUGGCAGCAUGUCCACUGUAGCCCCAUCUCCAAGUCCACUCUCCCAGCUCCCAAAGCAUGACCUGUCAGGGAGCAAGGCAUAGUCAUCCUUAGCAAGGCUUCUAGGGAAAGAGUUCCCAAUUUGGUUGGAACAAGCCACCAUAUGACUGUUGAAACUCUCUCCCUUGUUUUUCCUUUUCCAACUCUUCAUGGGGAGAUGGGUAACUCCCCACAAUGAAGGUAAAAAGAUAACCGUACUCUGUGCCAGUCAAUGCCAAGAGGAGAGAUGGCUGAUGGAGGUUUCAAGGAUGCAGUGAGCAUUUUGAACCCAUUUGGGCAAAACCCAGCAAGCAGAAGGGGACAGAUAAGGACCAUUCCAGAAAUCCCAACUCUCAAGCACCUGGCCUAAGCUGCAGUCUCCACACCAAACAGUCAACAACAAACGCCGAAGGAAAAUCUAUUCCACACACCCAGGCUAUGCAUUGAAGAGUUUUCCACUGUAUACAUUUUUAUCCAGAUGAAGGUAUUUUUAUAUUUUGACAAUAGGAAACAGUGACCAAUUUUCAGAGUAAUCAAAUCUGGAACAAACGAAACAUCUCCUUUUAGCCACCACCAUGUUGCAAUUAAGACAACCAUGUGAGAACACACCACUUUUUACUGUUUAAACCAACACAACGUUGAAUCCAGGCUUACACGCAGACUCCAGUUCCUAGAGAACUAAACUUGGCUUUAGUAUGAUGGGAUUUGAUUAAGCACUUAGUAUAGUCUUUUGAACACAGAAAUCCUGUUGUACUUAAAGCUAGCAGGCCCGUGAACAACUUUGUCAGGUUCACGUCCUAUAACGGUUUAAAAAAAGAAAAAGGGAAAAAAACCCACACAAAACCAUUUCUAUGAGAGAUUGACGAACUUUGUUUAAAAUUUUAAAAAAGGAACAUGUUCUGUAAACAAGUCACUAAAUACAGAAUUGUAUAAUAA